UCUCAAUUCAGUCGAUGAAAUGAAUGCUAUGAAAAAUGGGUGCUAUUGUGGCUGGUAACGCAUUUCCAGCGGAUAAACACGUCGUGUGAUUAAACAUUCAGAAAGGAGAAAUCAUUUCGGAGGAAAAAAAAGAUAAAACGAGUGUAAACGAGUGACAAUCCCUUUAGGGUGUAUUUUAAGGUCAAACAUGAAAAAUUAAAACGGUUUGGUACAUUUUUAAAUUGUUAUAAAAUGUUACAUAUGUAUGUAGAAUUUAAGAUGAUUGAUAAAGUAAUCAACGGAUAGAAGACAAAGGGAUUAAUGCCUCAGGUUACAUGUGACUUGAAAUAAUCUCUCUAUUAGCCUGUUAGCCGCUAGUACAACACAGCACAACUUCCUGCUGCCCUCACCGGGCUAAUAUGAGUCUGAACAUGGGAUACUAAUUUUACUUAUAUGAGCCUUACAGACACAAAAGCAGAAUCUUCGAUGCAGAUAUUUAUCUGAUCAAUGGACACUGAGUGUGAGAUUCGGUGACAUUAUCAUCAUGCCAUCAGCAAAGGUGCUGAAGAACGCCCAGUACAUUGAAUUGGGCAGUUACCAGUAUUGGCCCGUUCUGGUGCCCAGAGGAAUACGCCUGUACACUUACGAGCAGGUGCCAGGAUUUCUACGGGAAAAUCCUUACAUCACUGAUGGCUACAGAGCCUAUCUGACCUCUAGACUGUGCAUUAAAAGCCUUUUCAUUCUUUCCAAUGAGACGGUGAACAUCUGGAGUCAUCUGUUGGGGUUCUUCCUGUUCUUCACACUGGGAGUUUAUGACUUGUUGGCGGUGCUGACUAGGUUAGGAGCGUCCAGAGAGGACUAUGUCAUCUACUCCAUAAGCCUCUUCUGCUUUCAGGUGUGCAUGCUGUGUUCUGUGGGCUAUCACCUGUUCUGCUGCCACCGUUCCGAAAAAACCAGCCGCCGCUGGAUGGCACUGGAUUAUGCCGGGAUCUCCAUCGGAAUCAUAGGCUGUUAUGUUCCAGGAGUGUUCUAUGCAUUCUACUGCAAUAACUACUGGCGGCAGGUGUACCUGGUAACCGUUCUGGCCAUGAUGCUGGCAGUGUUCUUCGCCCAGAUACACCCUCAUUACUUGACCAAGAAGUGGCAGAAGCUUCGCUCUGUUAUAUUCUGUGCUGUGGCGGGAUAUGGCCUCAUUCCCACCUUCCAUUGGAUCUGGCUUAGUGGGGGUUUCAGCUCAGACAUAGUCCAGGAAUUUGUUCCCAGAGUGCUGAUAAUGUAUGUACUUGCUGUAGCUGCUAUCAUCUUCUACAUGUCCAAAGUUCCAGAGCGUUAUUUCCCAGGUCAGCUAAACUACUUGGGCUCCAGCCAUCAGGUCUGGCACAUAUUGGUGGUGCUCAUGUUUUACUGGUGGCAUCAGUCUGCACUUUUCAUAACCAGCUAUCGUCACUCUCACCCUUGCCCAGACUACCCUCUUCAUUCCUAAAGUCACGGGACGGAGGGACACCACUGAGGACUGUUGAAUAGCAUUUUAAAUGAUCUUUAAGCUUGAACACAUUCAGUGUUUAUAAAAUUUUGCGAGGUGUAUGGAUUUUUGUGUUUUUUAAUUAUCUAUUUUGACACUUUUUAUACAUUUUGUAAAAGUGCCUAGAUGUUUCAGUUUAAAUACAAAUUAAAGGCACUUGAUGAGGUAAGCAGUGUUAGGCUUUUAAAAGCACUUUUAAAAAAAAAAAAUCAAGGCAAAGCACCAUUUCACAGCAUCUGCAUAUGUGGGUUUCUACAUCUGUACAAAUGUACUUCUUGGGUAACAUGUAUAAUGUGGGCAUAAGGUCUGUUACAUACUAAGAGUUAAACAUUCAGUAUUGUAUUGUUUGUUCACUACUAUUUUGUGUUUACUUUUUGUAUUUGCACCUAAAAUUCAACAAUUCACAAGCUUAUUAGUAACACAUUUAAUUUAUGUUGGAUUAGUGUGAAUAUGAAUUUUAAAUAAACACAUUAUUUAAUAGUUUAAAUGAGACUUAAGUUAUACAGUUUUAUUGACAACAUUGAAUAAACCAAAGAGAUUUGAAAUGAGCAACUGUCUUGCAUAAGUGGAAAAUCUAUUUUGUGGGUCGCUGCACAGCAUUGCCAUGUAAAUACACACAUCAGUAUUGUUUGUACUGCUCUUGUUUACCAUUUGCGUUUACUUUGUUACUAACAAUGGCAAUUUAAAAAUCCUUCCAUACAAUUAAUGCAUUUAACACUACUGUAUAUUGCAUUUCAUCAGUUUGUAGUCUGAAAUAUCAAGUCACAAAGUUUGUGAAAUAGUUUUCUGUUCAGUUUUUGCCUUACAAUAGUAAACUGUACAGCUGUAAAAAUGCAUUUUUUUUUAACAUAGCACAAUUUGUAUUUUUAGUGCUUAAUGGUAGGGUGAUGUGUUGUUUUGUGAGCUGUUAUUGAAUCAUGAUGCUGCAUUAUGUAACACUGUUUUAAUUUAUUUUCACUACAUUAGUAAUAUAUUGGGAUAUGUGUUCGUCAGUACACCUGAAUAAACUGUCUUUUCAACUUCA